AUGACGAGCUUUAUCACGGUAUACCAGCGCAAAAGCAACGACGGGUGGCUCAAGGAGACAGUCCACGACGUUUUACACAUCACGCCUUCUCUCCAUGGUUCAUCUCCAACCCACGUCGCCAAUGCGGAAGGUGAUGGGAGAAACCUCGCGGCGCCAGAGGAUGAAGACGCGGGAAGUUUUGUAACUGCCAGAAGCCAUUCUCCGGAACAGCGAUCUUCAGGAUUCCAACAUGAACGGACAAGGUCGUUUUCUUGCUUUCCAAGUGCAGCGACACCAAACCGCACAGUGAGAGAAGCGGGUUCUCCGUCAAACGACUCCAGACCACCACGAACUCCGUCUCAAGCACACCACAUGCCGGUCUGCAGUCCAUCGGCACAGCAAGGCUCACGCAACUUUCGAUUCCCAAGAUUGACCGCUUCAUCGAACAGUAACCAUCGCUCCCCACCUGCAGGACACGCUCCGACACGAUUUCUUCGAUUCGGACGAAAACGCGGCAGCAUUGCAGAGAAGACGGUCGAGAUUCAAGCCAGCGUCAAGGCCGCCUCGACGAUCGAUAAAGCUCUUGAAAUUACGGAUCCAAGAGACCGACGGCUGUCCACCGUCUCUGAAUUCUCUCACUUCGACUCUCACCCAGCCGUUCAACCACUGGGAGCUCAACAAGCUCUCGACGAAGCAGCCUGUUCUGACGACGAGAAUGAUCUCACCCAGUAUCCAGGCCUCUUGCGGUUGGCUUUGAUAGUGGUUGGCAUCUGUCUUUCUGUUUUUGUCAUAUCGCUAGACCGAAGCAUCAUUACUACGGCCAUUCCAGACAUCACGUCCAGGUUUCAUUCCUCUGCUGAUAUAGGCUGGUACGGGAGUGCUUAUCUACUCACCGCGUGCGCAUUCCAGCCUCUGUACGGGAGGAUCUACGUGUCGUUCGCAACAAAGUCCUCCUACUUGAUCGCGUUAGCUGUCUUCGAACUUGGAAGCCUUGUGUCAGCCAUCAGCCCUUCCUCAAAUAGCCUGAUCAUCGGCCGCGCCAUCCAAGGUCUCGGAAGUGCAGGUCUACUCACCGGAGCCUUCGUCGUGGGAACUCACUCAGUCCGACUAAGGUAUCGGCCGAUUCUUUUUGGCGCCGUAGGCAUCCUCUAUGGUGUCGGCGCGCUAUGCGGUCCACUUCUGGGAGGUACCUUUGCGGACACCAUUGGUUGGCGGUGGUGUUUCUGGGUCAACCUCCCUAUCGGAGGCGUGACGUUUGUAACGGUCUUUCUUUGCUUCAAGAACAAUUCUCUGCAGGUCAAGAAGAGUGCCCGACGUUCGUUCAAAUCACGGCUCCUUGAGCUGGACAUUAUCGGCAACAUCAUCCUCCUUGGAGGGACAACGAUGCUCAUUUUGGCGCUGCAAUUUUCCGAACAGCGAUAUUCUUGGUCGUCUGCACGCUGUGUCGGACUUCUCUGCGGCUUUGGGGCUACCCUCCUGAUCUUCAUCGCGUGGGUGCUGUAUCGAGGCGACGCCGCCUUGAUACCCCCUCGGAUUGUGCGCCAGAGAACCGUCGCAGCCAGCUGUGUCGCCGGCUUCCUAAUAUAUGGUGCCCUCCUUCUCCAUUCAUACUACCUCCCGAUCUGGUUUCAAGCAAUCAAGGGCACCUCGGCCAUCCAUUCCGGUGUCAACAUGAUCCCGUACAUGGUCGCAAACGCCUUGUUCUCUCUUUUGGCUGGAAUCUUUGUCUCCAAGAACGGACUGUUCGCUCCGCCCGCCGUUGUGGGUUGCGCCAUCGGCACCGUUGGCUCGGGUCUCCUCGCAACGAUCGGACCGUCGACACCCUCGUCGCGCUGGAUCGGCUUUGAAGUCUUGAUCUCUGCCGGACUCGGCAUGGCCAUCCAACAAGGAUUCAGCGCUGUGCAGGCUCUCUUGGACGUCGAGGACGUGCCGAUAGGAACUGCCGCGGUGGUUGCGUCUCAGUCCUUUGGCGGGGCCAUCUUUGUGUCGGUGGGCAAUACCUUGCUCCAGAAUCACUUGUUGAACAAAAAGAAUGCCGCGAGCAUCCCGGGCGUCAACAUCCGAGCCGCUCUUGAACUCGGUGCGACAGAAUUCCGACGCACUGUGCCCGUCAAGGACCUGCCGGCCCUGAUCUCCCUGUACAACGACUCACUCCGAAUUGCUUUCAUCGCCGCUGUUCCUUUGUGCGGCGCCGCAUUCAUUUGCUGUUUGUGCAUGGAAUGGAAAAGAUUGGGUACAGCCAAGGGUGCAGUCAAGGAUGAAACGAAUAAUGAAAAGGUCUAG